AUGGCCACUCAAGGCUCAGCUCCAGCAUGGAAGCCUUCCAAGCCGCGCGGUGCUCAGCGUGAGUCGGAUCACAAGACAGGAGCCAAGGGAGAGCCAAUGACACCUCUCCCUUCCGCCACCCUCGUCGUUCUUUGUCCACGAUCAGCAAAGAAAGAGAAAGCAGGUGGCGAGCUUCAAUAUGAUACUGUCAUGCUGCAACGUUCAGCAAGAGACGGUUCCAGCUUUCGAUCCGCCGUCGUAUUCCCAGGAGGCGCACUCGACCUUAUAGACCAAGCCGAAAUCAACGCAGCUCUACCGCAAGGCGACGAGAUGGAAAAGUACAUGCACGCGCUCAAGCUUUGUGCCUUACGAGAGACGUUCGAGGAAGCCGGUCUGCUUUUGCUGCCAUCAUCGAACGCUAGCCCCUCUGGCCUACCGACAAGCCGUGCGGUGGGGCAUCAAGAAGCCGGCAUGUCAGCGCAAGAAUGGGCUCACGCAAGGAACGAUGUCCAUCAUAACGCUGUUGACUUUGUUCCUUUCCUCCGCAAAGUAUGCAGCAAGCUCGGGUUGAAUGGAAAGCUUGGCGCAGGCGAGAACGCCUUGCCUGAGCUCACACCAAUGGCCCAUUACUCGAAUUGGAUCACGCCUCGAAGUGUCGUCCGUCCUGCAAAGCGCUUCGAUACGCACUUCUUCAUUACGGUCCUUGACACGCCGGAUGUGUUUGGAUCAGACAAGUCGCUUCACAUCUCUGCUGAUGGAUCGGAAACGCUUUCACUAAGAUUGCAGACGCCGAGCGAAAUCAUGUUCGCAGGUAUCACUGAUCAGAUUUCGCUCUUCCCUCCUCAGUUCUACAUCCUUGCCGACUUAGAAACAGCCCUCCGAGCAGCAACUUGCUCCGGUCGCAUCCCCAUCAUCCCACUCAUCUUCGACCCUCUCCACGCCACCGCCCACGCCACCGCCCACGCCACCCCCGAAUCCGAAUUCCGUGUAACCCCGAUCGAAGAAGAAUCUCGUGGCUUACAAGGUCGAAACUACUCUUGGGAUCGUAAAGACUCUCCCUCCUCUCCGAGCCUACUGACGUCUUGGGUCUCCGACACGAACCCUCCUCUCUCCAAGAUCCGUCCGCUCGAAACAGAUGCCGAAUCGCAGUACCCUGCUGUUACUCCAGUCGAGCCGCGUUUAUUCCCAAAACUCGGCACCAUGCUGGACAUCCGGAAAGAAAUUAUCGAGAACCACAGCAAGGGCAAGGGAGAGAAAGAAGAUAGCUUCGUAUUCCCACUAGUCUUGCCAGGGGACUGGCAAGCUUCGCCUUCGCAGAAAGAACGGGCGAGGAAAGCACCUUUCCUGCCGGCGACUGGAGAACAGAAGGCCAACAUCCAGGGUGCAGACAAAACGGCAGGUGGAAGCGCGCAGGUGUCAAAGACUCUCAAUAGGUUGUACGUCUCGCCUAGGGCGAGCGAGCAUGGUGGGGGAAUGACCGUGCGAGGGGCGGUUAGGAAAGGUUUCACCCAUUUGCGCGACUUCCAAGUUGGAGUUAUCCUCGCCGAGAAUCGUGAGCGUGAUGCGAAUCUCUGA